AAGUGUUCGAGUCAAGCAGCCCUCGUCUCUUUGCUGGUUACUCUAGGAAGGUAGAAAUGGUGUCCGUUGGGUGGAGGAAAAUGUCUCUUCUUUGCUGCCUUCUUCUCUGCAAUGUGGCCAGGACUUCAGCUGGUAGCAAGAGGCAUUUCCCUAAUUCAGCCAUAAAACCGGGAUCUCCUAUCGCUGUCAAGACCAACGACCCAGGAGUUCAGAGAGCUGCUAGGUUUGGUGUUUACAGAUACAACAACAGUUCAAAUGACAUCUUUCUAUUCAGAGAAUUUCGCAUAAACAAAGCCAUGAGGCAGGUUGUGAGAGGGGUGAAAUACAAAAUCGAUGUUGAUAUCUGCCGGACAGUAUGCAGCAAAAGGAUACAUCCCGAGCCCGACUUGGACAGAUGUGAUUUCCAGAGGAAAAAGACACUGAGACAAACAUUCAGAUGCUAUUUUGAAGUUUGGAUCACCCCCUGGCUGCAUCAAGUCGAAGUCCCAGUCUCCCUCUGUCAAUAACCUCCCCCUAAUACAGGCGAUGGACUCUGUUUUUGUAAAUGUUGUUCUGCGACAAAAUCGUCAUUAAAGAUGCUGGUCUGUAAA